UUGUUCCUCCGGUAACCGGACGCGCGCGUCUGUUCGCUGCUAGAGGGGUCGUGACGGCGGAGGCGGCGCGUUUUUUGUCUGCGCGCUCGAUGCGUGCCCUCGCAGAGAGUCAUCUGGGCGCUGUUUCUGGGGGAGGGGGUCGAGUCGAAGAAAAGAAAAGAAAAUAGCGCAAGGAAGAAGUUGGAGACAAAAGAGGAAGGAGUCGGAGGAGAAGUUAACAGGGACGCGCGCACGUGGAUGAAAGAAAGAGCUCAUCUUAACGCGUAACUUUAACGUUAACUUUUGACAAGUCCACAAGCGUGCCGAUGAGACUCUUUAACUGUAACCGAACGACUCGAUAACAUGUAAAAGUUGGAUAGACGCGGCUUUUCGGGGUUUUCUUCUGGAUCAUGAUGGAAAAUCCGAGGAAGAGCUGGAAGUUCUUGAGGGAGUCGCUCAUUCUGUGCUUAUUAUCCGGUCGGGGGAAUGCUGAGUGUGACGGUUGUGUCGAGUACUGUUGUGAUGGUGUACCUCCUUUCUGCUGUUCUUACUAUGCCUAUGUUGGAGAUGUGCUCUCGGGAACAGCCAUCUCUGGGAUCGUGUUUGGUGUUGUGUUCCUAAUGGGUGCGGUGGCCGCCAUCUUUCUUUGCAUCUGUAUGUGUGUGAAGAACGGGCGAGGGGCGAGAGUGGGCGUCUUUAGUACCUCAUAUAUCAACACAGUGACUCAGGGUUACCCAGGCCCACCUCCACCUUACAGUUAUGAUUAUGAGAUGUACCCCACAGAUCUGCGGCCGCCACCGUACACACCGACACCACCCAGAGAAACAAACUCUCCUCCUCCACCGUAUCCAGGAUACAAUAGAAAAUGAGCUGAGAUGAGCCUGUCGUGGCGGGUGAUGAAUGAAACACCUGUAUGAGCUGGUACCUGACCGUGGUUGUGAGGGACUGGAGAAUCCAUCAUAACAGUCACACAGAGACUCUUACAACGGGAUGUGAACAUUUUUGAUGGCAUGGACUUCUACUGAGGACUCAUCUACUGAACACUGAUAUCAUUGAGACCAGGACAUCAUGACAACUCAACUCAUAUGACUUGAGCUAAUAAAUGUGUUUUACUGUGAAGCAAUUUAUUCCGAUUUAACUCUGUGUUGUGUCUUUGACAUGAAUUGAAAAUACAGUAAAAUUACUGUUGUGUUAUUUAUGAAAAUAAGAUCCAUUACUGUUGUACACACAGUACCUAGCCUACAUGAUGUCUGUGUCAUGUAAACACACAAUGCUGAUCAACGUUGAUUUUGUCUGCUGGGGAAAAAUGUUAUGACUAUUUAUUUAUUCACAUGAACAUUAGUACAUUCAUUGGGACCUUGAAGUGUUAUAAAAUAAACCAGGUGCAAUUUCUUUUAAAAUUAUAAGACACAUUUUCUGACCCAUUUACAAGGAAGAUCGCUUUAAAUAUGUGUGUUUACCUUGUAUUAAAAAAAAAAACGUGUAAACGUUCUAUAAAUUAGAGACAAGCUGCAGUUUGAUAAAUGGACACAUGGUGGCAGCAAAGAAAAUAAACCUGUAAAUAAUAUCCUGCAAAUUCAUUUACUAUAACAUUUGUAAACCCGAACGUUUAUGUGUUGAUUAAUACUUGUUGUUGCACAUGUGAAACAAAACAUAUGCGUCAUCAACGUUAUGUUAUUCUGUAAAAAAAAUAA